AUGGGUGUAGACUGGCAAUUCAAAGACAAUUAUAAUUAUGCACCUAAUGGUAGAAUAUGGAUAGUGUGGAAAGAAGCAAAUGUUCAUGUAACAGUUCUGGAGAGCACUGAUCAGCUGUUACGUACAUUUGUAUAUGACCUACACACUGUUCAACACAUAAUUCCACAACGGAGAAGCUUGAACAUGCAAACUAAUGGACCUUGGCUUAUAAUAGGAGAUUUCAACAGUGUGUUAACUGUGGAUGACAGGGUGAAUGGAAUUCAAGUUCAUCAAACAGAAAUGAUUGAAUUUCAAAACUGUGAUGAUGAUAUUGGAGUGGGACAAAUCACAAAACGAGGUAGCAGAUUUUCAUGGAGCAGUAAAAGGGAUUCAGAGGUCAGAAUAUACAGUCACAUAGAUUGGGCUUUUGGGAAUGUUGAUUGGUUCAAUGCCUACAAUGGGGUGGAGGCAAUAUACAUGCUGCCAGGAAGCUCAGAUCAUACCCUUAUAAUGAUAAAUACUGAGGCGGUCAAGGUUAAAGUGAAAAAGCCAUACAGGUUACUAACAUCAGUGAUGCAACAAAGAGAGUACAAGGAAAUAGUCCAGAACACUUGGAAUCAACAGAUUCAAGGAUAUGCAAUGUAUUCUUGGAAGCUUAAUGAUGACUACUUCAACAAAUUUUUGAUAGAAGAAGAAAGAAAAACUUUAGAAAGCAUUGAGAAAUGGGAAGCAAUUCAGGAGCAAAUAAUGAGGCAGAAGUCAAGAGCAACAUGGAUCCAACUGGGAGAUGACAACACCAGAUAUUUCCAUGCUUAUAUGAGGGCCAGACAAGCAAGAAAUAAGGUGAGUUGCAUCUGUAAUGAACAACAGAUGAAGAUCACAGAGCCAAAACACAUUCAAAAAGAAUUCAUUCAGUUCUUUCAGCCAUUAUUGGGGACAACAGCAGAUGAAUUGCCAGGAAUUGAUGUCAAUGUAGCAAGAAAAGGCCCUUGUCUAAGACUGAAUCAGCUGCAACAACUGUUAUAA